AUGAGUUCCUACUUUGUAAAUCCUCUUUUUUCCAAGUACAAAGGCGGUGAAUCGCUGGAGCCAACUUACUACGACUGCAGAUUUCCACAAAGUGUUAGCAGGAGCCAUGCUCUCGUUUAUGGUCCGGGCACUACUGCUCCCACCUUCCAGCACCCUUCACAUCACGUCCAAGAGUUUUUCCACCACGGAACCUCCAGCAUCUCCAACUCUGGAUACCAGCAAAACCCAUGCGCCUUGGCGUGUCACGGAGACGCUUCUAAAUUCUAUGGAUAUGAAGCUCUACCGAGGCAAUCGCUUUAUGGUGCUCAGCAAGAGACGACUGUUGUACAAUAUCCUGACUGUAAAUCGUCUUCCAACAGUAACUCUAGCGAGGGACAAGGGCAUUUAAAUCAAAAUUCGUCUCCCAGUCUCAUGUUCCCAUGGAUGAGACCUCACGCUCCCGGGAGACGCAGUGGCAGACAAACUUACAGCCGGUACCAGACCCUGGAGUUAGAAAAGGAGUUCCUCUUCAACCCGUAUUUGACACGGAAGCGACGGAUUGAGGUCUCACACGCCCUGGGACUGACCGAGAGACAAGUGAAGAUCUGGUUCCAAAACAGGAGGAUGAAGUGGAAAAAAGAAAACAAUAAAGAUAAGCUGCCGGGGGCCAGGGACGAGGAGAAAACGGAAGAAGAAGGGAAUGAAGAAGAGGAAAAAGAAGAGGAGGAAAAAGAAGAAAGCAAGGACUGA